GUCUCGUUAUUAAUACAAAAUCCACCCACCAAGUUGAGUAAAAAAUGCGUUAUUUUCGAGGUUUUGGCCAGUUGAAGGUAGUUUUUUCCAAGCAGGUUGCAAAAACUGGUGUCACAAUCUAAUCAAUUUUUCAGGCUUCACAAACCGUUUUCUAAUUGUCAUUGUCAUUUUCUUUCAUGCCAACAAAGGCUAUUAUCCCAUUCACAGUGGAGCUUAUGUUUAUAGAUUAUUCCUCGAUUAUCAAUAUAGAAUAACAGAUAACGAUCCAUUCACACUAUGGAUGAACUUAGUGACUCCCUAGUUCAUAGUUUACCGCUUAGUGUGUUUGACUCCGUGACCCAACCAGGAACCUUGAGCGAGGGUAAUUCUUCAGCCAACUCCUUUGGACCAGAAGAGACUAACCCACUUCAUUCAGACUGUUCGUACGCCAAUGAACAGCAAGAGAAUUCGUCCCCAAAGAUUUCUGUCGACUGUGCGGUUUGUGGUGAUAAAUCAUCAGGCAAACAUUAUGGAAUUUUCACGUGUGAAGGAUGCAAGAGUUUUUUCAAACGGAGUAUAAGACGGAAUCUCACUUACACUUGUAGAUCGGUUCGUAACUGCCCUGUUGAUGUACAAAGCAGAAAUCAGUGUCAGUAUUGUCGUUUGAAGAAAUGUUUGAAAGUAGGAAUGAGAAAAGAAGCGGUCCAAAAAGGCAGAGUACCAACCAGCCAAUCAGAUAACGUCUCCAUGUCUUUACAAUUUAACGAUCUCCAUGGCAAUCAGUCGUUCUAUUCCAGUUACAUCACUCUUCUGUUACGAGCUGACACUAUCGCUCGCUAUCAGCAAUCCCUUACGCUACCAUCAAGUAUCAAUGGACUAGAAAAUACGCCCGAGCUUGCCGCGCGGCUGCUUGUGUCCGCGGUAGAAUGGGCCAAGAAUAUUCCUUUUUAUUCAGACUUCUCUAUCACUGAUCAGGCAAUUCUGCUCCGAUCUUGCUGGAGUGAACUGUUUAUAUUAAACGCUGCCCAGCACUGUUCGCCGUUUCACUUUGCUCCACCGUUGAGCAACUCUACUCCCAACGGCACGGAUUUUCCUGCCAGUAGUAUGAUCUCUGCGUUCGAUUGUCAAAACAGCAACAUGAAGUUGUUUGAGGAACAGGUGGACAAGCUGAGGGGACUGCAGAUCGACUCCGCGGAGUUUGCCUGCUUGAAAGCCAUCGUUCUCUUCAAUCCAGAUUCUCAAGGGCUUUCAAAUACUGGUCAAGUAGAGAAUCUACAAGAACGUACCCAGACUGCACUGGAGGACUAUAUUAGGACCCAGUUCCCUAAUCAAAGCACACGGUUUGGAAAACUCCUUCUCAGGCUCCCUGCUCUUCGGCUUCUCCGCACGGUCGCUGUUGAAGAGCUUUUCUUUUCAAGACUGGGAAUGGGAUGUAAUGUUGAUAGUUUAGUCAAUGAGAUGCUACUGUCGAGUAUUGGGGGCCCUGUGGCGGGAAAUUGGUAUCCGCUGCAAAAUGGGAAUAUGAAUGGGAUGAUGAAUAUGAAUGGGAUGAUGAAUGGAAUAACGCAGAUGUAAAUGAACAUCAUGAAAAUCAGUCAGCCGAAUAUCAGUUGUCUGUCUGUCUGGACAGGAAGCGUGGUCUAGGCGAAUAAAUAGCCCGACAAAAAAAAAAAAAAAAAAAAAAAAAAAAAAA